UAUCGGAAUAUUUUUCCAGCUGCAGAAGACGCGUUUUGUAAAGAAAACAAUAAAUAUUUUAGAAAAUUUGUUAAAUUAAUAAUUUUUAAAGACAAUUAAUAGUGCAUAUUAGCGCAACAUGUCUAUUGAAAUCGAAUCUGCCGACGUUAUUCGGUUAAUCCAACAAUAUCUGAAGGAGUCCAAUCUACUAAAGACGCUACAAACCUUACAGGAGGAAACUGGCGUCUCACUCAAUACAGUGGACAGCGUUGAUGGCUUCGUUCAGGACAUUUCGAAUGGCCACUGGGACACGGUGCUUAAAGUAACACAAUCGCUUAAGCUACCAGAUAAGAAACUACUCAAUUUGUAUGAACAAAUCGUACUGGAACUGAUAGAGCUACGUGAAUUGGGCGCUGCACGUUCUCUGCUGCGUCAAACGGAUCCCAUGAGCAUGUUAAAACAACACGAACCAGAGCGUUACAUACACUUGGAAAACAUGUUGCAACGUGCGUAUUUCGAUCCACGCGAGGCAUAUGCGGAGGGCAGCAGCAAAGAGAAGCGUCGCACAGCCAUUGCCCAGGAGCUGAGUGGUGAAGUGCAUGUGGUGCCGUCGUCUAGGCUGCUCGCAUUGCUUGGUCAGGCACUCAAAUGGCAGCAGCAUCAAGGUCUGCUGCCACCCGGCACCACCAUCGAUUUGUUCCGCGGCAAAGCAGCCAUGAAGGAUCAAGAAGAGGAAAUGUAUCCAACGCAACUAUUCAGGCAGAUCAAAUUCGGCGAAAAGUCGCACGUAGAGUGCGCACAGUUCUCACCAGAUGGACAGUAUCUGAUCACAGGCAGUGUGGACGGCUUUUUGGAAGUUUGGAAUUUUACCACUGGCAAAGUACGUAAGGAUUUAAAGUAUCAAGCUCAGGAUCAAUUUAUGAUGAUGGAACAGGCUGUGCUCGCAUUGAAUUUCUCACGCGAUUCUGAGAUGGUGGCAUCUGGUGCACAAGAUGGUCAGAUCAAGGUCUGGCGCAUCAUCACUGGUCAGUGUCUACGCAAGUUUGAAAAGGCGCACACCAAAGGCAUCACCUGUCUGCAAUUCUCCCGCGACAACAGCCAAGUGCUCAGCGCAUCAUUUGAUUACACAGUACGAUUACAUGGCCUCAAAUCGGGCAAAAUGCUAAAGGAGUUUAAGGGACACACAUCUUUUGUUAAUGAGACUACUUUUACGCCGGAUGGUCACAGUAUUCUGAGCGCAUCUUCAGACGGCACCGUGAAGGUCUGGUCAUUGAAGACCACUGAAUGCGUGGCUACCUAUAAACCGCUGGGCAACGAAUUGGCCGUUAACACUGUUUUAAUAUUACCCAAGAAUCCCGAGCACUUUAUUGUCUGCAACAGAUCGAACACAGUCGUCAUCAUGAACAUGCAGGGACAGAUUGUGCGAUCGUUCUCAUCGGGUAAGCGCGAAGGAGGCGCAUUUAUCUCAGCCACACUUUCGCCAAGAGGAGAAUUCAUUUACUGUGCUGGCGAGGAUCAGGUGCUCUAUUGUUUCUCGGUCUCAUCCGGCAAACUGGAGCGUACUUUAAAUGUUCACGAAAAGGAUGUCAUUGGUUUGACACAUCAUCCACAUCAGAAUCUUCUGGCCAGCUACAGCGAAGAUGGUCUGCUCAAACUGUGGAAGCCAUAGAUUAUGUUAGAUUUUACCAAUUACCUGCAUACUAAGUUAUAUUUAGUAGUUCUGACUUUUUACCUAUCAAUAAAUAUAAUUUUAACAAC